GUGGUUUGUUAAUGGUCGUUCGAAUUCCCGGUCUAGCAUAUUACUGCUCGUUCGCUGGGCGCAGUGUGAAUAGGGGUUGAAUUCCUCACCUUCCUCAUCCCCUAGCCCGUCGCGGGACUGCCGUGUGAACAUUUGUGUGUUUUUGCCGUGCAAGCGGGUUUGCUGAUUCGGCCAUCGUUGUGUGUACCAGUGCGACGAAGUUGGACGUACGGAAUCCGGUGUCGUCGCAGCCAAAGUGCUGCAGUGCACGAUAAAUCUGUGCGUAUAUCUAACUGUACGUGCGUUUUGUGUUGCCUGCCACAGAACGAGAACAACAUCCGGAGCACAAACACACUCAAAAUAACAUGGUAUGCGCGGAGGACAACGAAACGCGCUGCGUAAUCAACGACUCCCGGCCAGACGCAGAACAGAAGCGCUUCUCCGUGACAGUCCGCCGGCAUCACACCGUUGCCAGGCUGUACGAAUAUGCCAAACUGCAAUCGUCACACACCGACUUUGACCUAAGCCUGGUCGAUCCAUUGACGAACGAUUUGGUUUCCCUGCAAGACAAACAGGAGGAGAAGCUUUCCGAUGUGGGCAUAAGGUUCGAUAUUCCCAACUCACUAAUCAUCAAACCACGUGUCAGUGAUUUACAGUUUUUGGAUCCACUAGAAGACAUGUCUUCCGACGAUGAUCUAGCGCUCGGUGCGUCGGCCAGUCCGGUCGAGCCCGGUAACUACAAUGUGCCCAAUCCGCCCGCCCUACCGUCGUCUCCGUUCGACACGCCCUCGAGCGAUCGGACGCCGCGCAACAUACCCUUGCGCAAGGUUAAUAUGGAGAACGAGACGAAGAUCAGCGCAGAGGCGGACACCAGCAGCCAGCGUUACACCAAUCCGACGCCCACGAGCUACAUCGGUGGCAACAUGAGCGGCGGAAGCAUCAUCAGCACGAAUGGUUUUCAUCAUCGUCUGGGCGGUGGUGGGGGCGACACGCACCACAACUACCGUGGUUUGGUGAACCAGGCGAUGACCUGCUACCUGAACAGUCUGCUGCAGGCACUCUACAUGACGCCCGAGUUCCGCAACGCGCUGUACAACUGGGAGUUCGAUGGGGAGAACGAGAACAAAUCGAUCCCGUACCAGCUGCAGCGGCUGUUCGUCAACCUGCAGACGUCACCGAAGUCGGCGGUCGAAACGACCGAUCUGACGCGCAGCUUCGGCUGGGACUCGGCCGAGGGCUGGCAGCAGCACGACAUCCAGGAGCUGUGCCGCGUGAUGUUCGACGCGCUCGAGCACAAGUUCCGGAACACCAAACAGGCGGACCUGAUCAACCGGCUGUACGAGGGGCGCAUGAUCGACUACGUCAAGUGCCUGGAGUGCAACACCGAGAAGCAGCGCGAGGACAAGUUCCUGGACAUCCCGCUGCCGGUGCGACCCUUCGGCAGUACGGUGGCGAACGAGUGCGUCGAAGAAGCGCUGCAGGGCUUCGUGAAGCCGGAGAUACUGAACGACACCAACCAGUACUUCUGCGACAAGUGCAACAAAAAGUGUGACGCCCACAAGGGGCUCAAGUUUACCAAGUUCCCGUACAUCCUGACACUGCAUCUGAAGCGUUUCGACUUUGACUACCAAUCAUUUCAUCGCAUCAAGCUGAAUGACAAAGUCACCUUCCCCGAGCUGUUGAACCUAAACCAUUUCGUGAAUGCCUCGUCCGACUCGUCGGACUUCAAGUUGACCACCAGCACCAUCGCGGCUGCGGCUGCAGCCGCCGAAGCGGCGGCCACUAGCAACGGUAACGGUACUGGUCCAAUGAUGAUGGAGACGGCAGAAAAUUUCAUGAAGUCCGACGAGUGCAGUACCACGGACAGCGGAUCAGCACUGGAGGAAGAUUCGUUCCAGAACGGUGGUACGUCCGUCUCAUCGACAACGACGACACCGAACGAUCAGUUUAUGGUGCAGGACGAUGACGAAGGUAUCGACAUGGAGUUAAGCUCCAAUGGUAACAGCAAAUCGUCCCCGCUGAACAACAGCUUCAACGCACCCGGUCCAUACAAGUACGAGCUGUUUGCGAUCAUGAUUCACUCGGGCAGCGCAUCCGGUGGUCAUUACUACGCGUACAUCAAAGACUUCAAGAGCAGUCGCUGGUACUCGUUCAACGAUCAAACCGUCCAACCGAUCACCCAGGAGGAUAUACACAAAUCAUUCGGUGGUGGGUCAUACAAAACGAGCUACACCGGUGCUUACACAUCGAGCACCAACGCUUACAUGCUGAUGUACCGUCAGAUCGAUGGUGAAAAGAAUGCCCAACCCAUUUCGGAGGAACAGUUUCCGGACCAUAUAAAGCGCCUGGUAGCGAAGAUACGCGAUCAUGAAGGCAACCCCAGUCGCGAUAACUUGGAGAUGACGCGCCUGAAGGUGGCGUACGAAAAUCCGCACACCCGCAUCGUCAAGACCCAGCGGAUGGCCCUGUUUAACAACUCGACCCUGGCGGAGACUGUUCAAGAGGCGCUUCGGAUGCAUCACCUAAAGGGCGUAGUGCCCGUCGAGCGCUGUCGAUUGGUCGGAUACGAUAGCAAAAAUCUGAACAUCGAGCGCAGCUUUGAGGACUAUGAAGAUAAAACGAUAAACGAAGUUAUGUCACAGCUGAAGCGUUGCGACGGUCUACUGCUGGAAGUACGAGAGGAAGGAGAAACCUUCGAGAAAUAUCUACCUCAGGGUGUGAUGACGAAGGUGUACAAAGUCGACCCCAAUAGCCGCGAUGUGGAAGGCCCACUCUCGAUCCGUGCCAACCUGACGCAAACCGUUGCGGAAUACAAAGCCGUUAUUGCGCGGAAGCUGAAACAGAGCCCCAAGUCGUUGCUGGUUGGCAUGACCGUGCACAAGAACUCUCCGAAGCUGCUAGCGAACGAGGAGGCGACCCUAGCGGACGAGCAUUUCAUCGAUUACUGCAAGGUGUUCGUGAUGGUGGUAGUACCACCGCCGACCCAAACGAUAGCGGACGACGCCGAUCAGUACAGCCAACGGUUUCUGCACUUCAUCCAGCGGUUGGACCAUCUGGUAGCUUUAUACAUCGUGCUGCCCAAUCUGGAGCAAGAAACCCUCGAAAGUUUGGCCAUUCCCCGCCUAUCCAAAGAAACGUUAGCCAGCUUGGUCGGCACCGACGUGAGCUCCGCAGCCAAUAGCAACGCCACGGCGACCGCUGGUGACAGUAACAGUGAGGACAGUAGUCUGAGUGAUAACGACCGUACCCUAGUCGAGGAUGACUUCGGGCACAUCAAGCUGAACGGAGGAGGAUUGCAUUUGGCCAAUGGUACUUCAGGGGCCGGAUUAGUGAAUGGUGACACCGCCAGAAACGGUACCAAUGGCGGCAGCGUCACUCCGACCACCAAAACCAACGGUUUCAAAUACAGCCACGAUGAUGACUGGGACGUCGAUGAGGACGGCGAGGACGAAGAUGCGAAAAUUUUGCAAAACCUGCAAGAAUGCAAAACGCAAGAGUACUACUUCAAGGUGACACACUUAGGCACCGGAAGCAGCACGGAAUCGACUAAUGGUACAUCUACCAACGGAAACGGUACCUCUGCGGACGAUUGCACACGCAGCACCAGCAGUGGUGACAACGAUAAGCAUAUUCAGGUCCUCAUCGAUAAACGAUCCAGCCAGGCGUACCUAAAGUACCGGCUCCAGUCAGUCCUGCAGAUAUCGAUGGAAUACUUUAAAGUUUUCUCGGCAGGCAAUCUCUAUCACCAGAACAACGAUACCGCUAAUCUGCUGAAUGAAUUUGAGUACAAGGAUGGUGAACGGCUUGCCAUCGAGCUGGGCCGCCAGCUGCGCAAGGGAGAGUACAAAUUGAACGUGAGCUACGUAAACGUCAACGAGAUGACGGAGGAGAUGGACAAGCUGCCCUUCCUGUGCACGAUGGUGGUCAAGAACGGCCAGACGUUCGGGCAGGUCAAGGCCAACAUUCUGGCGCACCUGGCCUCUACGCACGGCGAAAACCACAAGUACAGUCACCUGCACAUGAACAACUGCCGGUUGCGCCGAAAGGGCAUCAAAUAUCCGGCCGCCGUCUACAAGGACGAUGAACGGAUCGGUAAGGAUGUCACCCUGACGCAACAGGUAGAGGUAUUCCUGCAAGAGGUUGAAGAUCUCGAGCGUGUCACACCGAAUGACGUGAAUGAUGCAGUGUUGCUGCUAAGAAGAUGGCUUCCGUCGGAAAGGAAGCUAGGAAAUUUCCAGGAAAUCCUUCAUACUGAGGAACUCGAGUUGAAAGAACGACUAUCUCAAAUCAGCGGCAUCCCAGUGGAGAACGUUGAGUACGUGAGAAUACAGCAUUCGUCGCUCCAGUGUGACAAUGUGCUGAACAUUCACGGCUUGAACUGGAUAUCGAAGCCGCACUACGCCGUGGACGACAGUGUGCUGUUCAUCCACGGCACCCUGCUUUACUAUCGUGAUCGUACGGAACCAUUAAAGGAGCUGACGGCCGACGAGCGCAAGGAGUUGGCGAAGAAGGACACCACCCGGACCGGUUCGACGUAUUCGCCCCGGAAGGAGCGGGCACUCAAAAUAUACCUGGACGCUUCGCCUAAGAAGGUUGACGACUGAUCGCCACCGACCGCCGGCGGCGCUGGUGGUGGUAGUGAUGAUAACAAUGAUGAUGUGCAUGGUGGUGCCGGCGACGGUGGCGUCAGCAAGCGCAAGAAGAUUUGUCUGUAGAGCAACUGUAGAGGAUAAAACGGUGGAUUUUUUCCGCGCAUUAUCGUUGCUGGACCGUUGGAGUAGUUCAGUAGACUUGCAGACAGACAGACCAUGAGCGAGAAAGAGAGGAAACUAAAUUUAUGUUGGUCGAGAGAAGACCAGAGGUUGUGUUUGUCUCCUACGCGAUACCACUGAUCUCAGUCGUUGGUCAGAACCGGUAGAAUGUUUCGUUUCACGGUUAUUAUUAUUUUUUUUUCGUAUCCCUAAAAUCCUUUAUUCCCCUCACAUUAAAAUUGAACGCGCGAGUACGGUGUGUAAAUUAGUGUGUUGUGGGUUCGAGCCAACACGGCGCGUGCUCCAACAACUUGAUGUGUAAAGUUAACAGAUACACCGGCAACGAAGAAUGAAAAACCAGCCAGAGUAGCGCAGGAUCAACGCAAUCGGCAUCUGGAACGAAUGAUUUAGAGAGUGUUUGUGUAUGGGGUGUAUGUGUCUCUAUAAGGUAAGAAUGAGUAAAGUGUGUAAGAAAAAACCAAUCGCAAGCUAGGAAAGUGGCUCUCAGCUGGUCAAUAUGCUGAUUACUUAUCGCAGGUUCCCGGGGCCUGGUCAAUGUCAUGACGACGAGUUUGCGUGGCGUUGCGAUCAUGUAUUUCUUUUCUGUUUUUUUGCUAUAAAACCAAUGUAAUAUACCA